UUGUUAUAAAUAGCGAGAGCAUCGAGGCGAUUUCAGUCCACGCGGAUCCUUGCGAGUGAGCUGAGUGACGCAGUUGAGCUUCUUCCACAAAAGAUGCGUCUGGUUGUAUCAGUCUUUUGGAUGGUGGCAGGGACAGCGUGGGCACUGGAGGAAAACAGUGUGGACAACCACUACGAUGAACAUUUUCCUCCUCUUCAUCCUAACUGCACCCAGAGUCUCACAGAUCUUCUCUUGCUGCGCCAAGAAGUCCUGCUGAAAGAACUGAAGCAGGCCGAGCAAGUGUCUGCAGGAAUCUUGAGGGAGAUGCUACACAUCUUGACUGACAACAAGGUUUCCUUCACGUCUAGAGAAGUAUCCUGUCCUGGUAACUUCAAGAAAAUUGGCAACACUUGUUUGUAUCUUGCCAAAGAGACCGACUUGGCUUGGGAAGCUGCUCGAGUUUUUUGUCAAGACUUGGGAGGAGAUUUGGCCGUGUUUCGAGAUGUCAAUGCAUUUGCAGAGGUUCUCAAAUACGUGAAAAGUUCGGUCGCUGUAAAGGCAACGACUGUCUGGGUGGGCGGAAGAGACCACUUAGUAGAAGGGGAAUGGAGGUGGGUCUCUGGGGAAGACAUGCCAAGAGGAACGCCCUUUUGGGGAGAUUAUAAUUACGUCCGCGAACCAGCUCAAGGCACCGCGGCGAAUUGCGCCGCCCUUUAUGGCCCUGAUGAUUUCUUGAUACACGAUGGAGGCUGUGAAGCUAAAUAUAAACCUCUCUGUCAGAUUAAUUUGAUGAAUAAUUAAAUCAUUGGAAUCACGAUGAGAUAUGUAUCCUGCCAAGCAUAGUUGCUCAACUGCCACUGUGUACUUCUUUAUUUUCGAAAGUUGAAUAAGUUUCAUGCACCUCAUCCAUGCCUUAGCUAAGGAAUCUUCAGAAAAAAAUAUGCGGAUAGUCAUAAUUAGCUGAAGUCAAUAAUGUCUAUCCGUACUUUUUGUGAAUAAAAUAUGCUAA